UCUGGCUGCUCCGCGGACAGCGGUCGUUUCCUGGGAGCGGCCGGUACGCAUGCGCGAGGCGGUAGCGCCCGCCUGGGACCGCGCGUGCGCUUUGGGUUGCGGACGGUGGCCCGGAGGACUCUGCGGGGUGACUGGCCGUGGGAAAGAUGCCAGCGCCCUCAGCCACCUAUGAGAGAGUAGUUUAUAAAAACCCUUCUGAGCACCACUACAUGAAAGUCUGCCUGGAGUUUCAGGAACACAGCACUGGACUGACUGCGGCACAGUUCAAGCAGCUGCUUGUUUUGGCCCUGAAGGACCUGUUCGGCGAGGUUGGUGCUGCCUUGCCCUUGGACGUCCUCACCUAUGAAGAGAAGAGCUUGUCGGCCAUCCUGAGGAUAGGUAGCAGUGGUCUGGCCAAACUGUGGAGCUCUUUGACCUUGUUGGGUUCCUACAAGGGCAAGAAAUGUGCUUUCAGAGUGAUUCAGGUGUCCCCGUUUCUCCUCGCCUUGUCUGGUAACAGCCGGGAGCUGGUCCUGGACUGAGCCUUCGCUGUGGGAGCCUGAGAUGAAGUCCAAGAUGCUGAGGAUGCUCCUGGCGGCGGGCCGGGGCCUCUGCGGCG